GUCAGGGGCCUGGUGACUCACUGGAACAGAAUGUCCUGUUUCUUUUCUAUUUCUAUUUCCUGGGGAUUCUCUGGGAAGACUGGGGGCAGGGGGCCGGGGAGAGGGAGGCAAAUCCACACUAUAUUUCUGGAGUGGGAAACUGGACCAUAGGCCACCACCCCUUGUGCAUUGUAUCUCAGCAAUGUCCUUCAGAUCCACUCCCCACCCCAGCCCCAGGUCCAGCUCCACCUCCGAAGUCCUGCCCUCUCUGAAGCAUCUCCUCACUGGCGCCUGAAGGAUCUGCUGAAACUCCUUAUUACUUGGGGAUAAACUCUUCGCCUCUUGGUGCCGUUUCAAGACCCCUGGUCCAGUUCCCCUCUAUCCUCUCACUCCUUCGUCCUGUCCACACUGCUCUGGUCACUGGCCCGAGAAAACACCCUGCACCUUCCUCUCUCUAUCUUUGUCUAAGAAGAAUUUGUCUUAUUAUAUUAUAUAUGUAUAAAUAUAUAUACAUUUAUAUUUUUAUUAUUUAUUAAUAUAAAUUUAUAUUAUUUAUAGCAGGAAUCAAGGGGUCCCUGCCCUCAUAGACCUGAGAUCUCUGUGAGGGCCCCCUGCCCCCCAGUGCAGAGCCAGCCCACACCACGAUAUCCAGGAAGGAUUCUUGGAGCCUCAUGCUCUCUGGAAAAGUAAAUAUGAUUGGAAUAGCUACUGCCAGAAGUUUGGAGCUUGAAAAACACCAAAUACAGCAGUCGGGCCCUGUGAUGAUUAGGUCUCUGAGCUCUCGAGGCCUCGCUGAAGGAGCCUGGGCUCCUGUUCUGUCUCCCCAGUGCUGCGGGUCUGAGAAUCAGGAACACUGGGCAGAUGGUUGUCCUUACCUGCUGGCCUGGACCUCCCUCCCCUCAUCCAUGGAGCAGCCCUGGGAAAACAGGCAUACUCCGUGUUUUUGGAUGUCUGCUGUCAUCUUUCCUCUGUUAACAGAAGUAGAAAAUAUGAGAUGUGGUCCUUUUUCUGAUCACUUGAUGAUAGAUGCUGGGAGGACAUGUACAAAUCUAAGUGGUAGUUAUCUCUGGGAGCCCCAUUGCAUCUGGGGUUCACAGGCAGGGGCUGUAUAUCACAGGAUUAAAGAAGAGCAGAUACCUGGAAAAAAUCCCGUAGGACAACCAUCUCUGAAUUAUGGGCAAAGGCUAAUGGCUGUCAUGCUGUUUACAACUCUCCUGAUAAUGCUGCUCUUACUUCUCACUGAGCAGGGCUGUUGAGGUUGGCUGGGGGAGAGGAUGAGCUGGGCUGGGGGCACCGGGGCAAAGGUGUCUAACCUUUGUCCACCUUGGAUCGAAGGUUGCUCUUUUUGCUCUGGGCUUGAGAUGCCACGCUGCUUCCUCCAUGUUACAGAGCGCACAUGUGAAGUCCAGGAAACCCCCCAGAGACAGAGCAGACCGUACCCAUCCUCACCAUAUAACCAGGGCCCUCGCAUUGUGCCACACCACCAUCAUUCAAAUAUUGACUGGCUAUUAUGAGGAUGGACCAGAAGGCGUAUUUUACAGAGGAAUCAAAGAGUCCCCAAUCGCAGAACAGAAAAGGAAACCUAUACAAGGUAGAAGAGAAGGCUGAACAAUUGUCCUUUAUUCUAGUUUAAAAAUGCUGAACAGUGCAUGCCUACCAUAGGUGGCCUCCAACUACACGCCCUGUCAAGGAACAGGCAAAUGAGGAGUCAAAGGGAAAGCAGCCCAGCUUGAAACCCAGUCCCCGGUGCCGUCCACCUCCUGCACCAGGCUGGCCCAUCAGGCUUCCUUCUCUGCUUCUGGUUGCCCCCGCUAAUGCGGACGAUUCCAGGCAUCCAGCUUGCUCCACGCUUGCUCUGCCCACACGCAGGAGCCCUGAGCUCAGGCUGUGUGAUCAUCUUCGAGAAGGGAAGAGGGAGAGUCUGACAGGUCUCAUCUACUGUGAGUAGUCACUCUCCCACUCUGGGCAUCCGCAGCUUCCUAAAACUGUAGCUAAAGAAAGUUCACCAGGGCCUUGGAGGAACUGAAAAAGACGCUGGCUGUGUGACCUUGGGCUAGCCCUUGGCCCUCUCUGGGCAUUUGUACUCUGAUAGUAACACUAUACAGUGAGGCAAUUGCUCUGUGGCCCCGGGUACCUGGGAAGAGCACUGAAUUACGAGAGAAGUGCCUCCUCAGCCAUUUGGAGUUCUUGUUGUCACUACCAAUCAACAGUAGACCCCAUGCAGGUUAUCUAACCUCUGACUGUAGGCCUCUUUGUAAAAUGGAGACAGUAUAACUGCACAGAGCUGCUGGAACACUUAGAUAACUCCUGGCUGUAUCUGUACUGAAGGAUCGUUUCUCACUACCCCAAUUCUCAGAUUUUGGGUGAAGUGGGGCUAGUAAUCCAGUCUCCUUUCUGGAUGGUGGCAGUCUGGGUGGUGUCGGCCAUGUGGUAAUGAGAGUCAGGGUAGAGCCCCGUCUGGCAAACUUACUCAGUAGCUUGGGCCUGACUUCACACCCCAGCCCUGACCCGGUUAAGUGGAGAAGAGGCUGGGCCAGAGUGGCCUGGGUUUGCAGAGGGGUGGGGUAAGUGUAGUCACCAAGGGGGGCAGGCAGUGUCCUGGGCCCACACUCACAAUGGGAGGAAGGAAUUGAGGAAGUGCUUGCAGUUACUCAGACAUCUCGGAGCCUAGGCCCUAGCAGGACCAGGGCUGGACCCCCCAGGGAUGAGUGUGCCAUGGCCUGGCCGCCGGGGUAGCCCCCAAGUCUGGAGGCCACUGCACCAUGGACAGCCAGAGCUGUUGCUGGGGGCGCCCAGGGUAAGUUUCCACAGCCUGAGUGUGAGCAGCAGGCAUGAUCGGGCAGCAAGGAGGGCUGUGGGAGGCCAGCAUGGAAGGGGGCUUCUCCCGGCAACACAGGGCAAUGGAGCCCCAUGGUAUGUCACUGAUGGGGCUCAGAUAUCCUGGCUGGAGCAUGCCCUGCCCUAUCUGAACAGCGUUCUCCCAGCUCUUCAGAGAAGGAGGCCAAAUGAAAUGGGCCCUCACCCACAGCACCCACUGAGGUCUCCACGGCACUUGUGGUGACCUGGUGGCAUCCCCCGACCUUGCCUGGAGCUGGCGUUGCCUUCCUCCCACCUGGGUCCCUGUCCCCAGCACAGGACCAGCAACAGGCAGCAGCAGAUAGGCUGACUCAAGGCCUGGCCCAAGGUUCCUCCAGAGGAGGAGGCCGGGCUCAUCCUCCAUCCCCAGGCGGGGGAGUAUUCUGUCCUUGAGCAUACAAACUCUUGAAAUCUGCAGCGUCACCACAGGGCCAGGUUGGCAAGGCUCCCUGUGGGCAAAGUCUGCUCCCUCCUUCCAGCCCCUCUGAGUGCAGGGAGACUUGACCUCACAUCUUUCAGGAUGGCACUUCUUCUAGAAGCUGCCAGUGGAGUUGACCGUGGCUCCUGGAAUCCUGGCCAGAGGUUUAGAAAACUGUGACUGAGGCCACCUGAGGUCUGAGUAGGGCUAAACGGGGUGCAUGGCAGCCUAGAGGGUCAAGCCCCAGGGCUUCGGAGCAGCCUCACAGAAGAAAGCAGGGACUGCGGCUGGAAGAACAGAGUACCUGCCACCCAGGAGUCCCAUUUUGGAUGGGGCUAAAGCUCCCAGACCCCACAGGCAGCUCAAUGGACCAGCUGCCACGUGGGGCCAUGGAAACGGCGGUGAUUGGAGUGGUGGUGGUGUUGUUUGCGGUCACCGUGGCCAUCACCUGCAUCCUCUGCUGCUUCAGCUGUGACUCACGGGCCCAGGAUCCUCAGGGGGGCCCUGGCCGCAGCUUCACGGUAGCCACGUUUCACCAGGAGGCUUCUCUCUUCACAGGGCCGGGUCAUCAUGCCUAGCCCAUGGCGGGUGCCCAGGACUUCUGGAUUUUCACGUGAGGCCUAACAGCCCCAGGAUUUGCUCUUCUGGUGGAUCAGACUCACCCACCCCGCAGCCAGCCUUCCCUGGUCCUAUGGCUCUGAGUUUGUCCUUCACUGCCUGCGUCCAGCAAACUCUCUGUUCCGACCCAUCCCAGCUUGUUGUGCCCUCCAGCCUGGGAGAUCUGUGGUGGUGGGACCAGGUGGGAGUGCAUUCUGACCCCUGAGAGCUCACAGGUCGGGGCUUCGGAGAGGUCUGAAGACAGGGUGACUGGGAAGUGUUGGAUUGCGCAGUAGCCAGCCCUUCUGAUCUACUCUGAACAGAAAUAUCACUGGGAUUUAUUGUAAACAGGGUGCCGGUUAACGCAAGUUACCCCAAGGAUCCUUGGAAUGGAUUCUAUUGCCACCGGAGGAAGCAGCCCCCCAACUGGACGUUUUUACGUCUUUAUCUGCUCACUGAGUUGAAUGUUUUCGCUGCUUGCAUGUGCACCCCGCACAGAGCCCACCCCUAAGGCCUGCUGCUUGCGAGCUGCCUGAAGCUCUGAAAUCAAAAGGCUGCUUCCUGGAAACAAGGGAUUUAUUCUGGUUUGAAAAUAUAUAUCCUUUUAUGGGUCUCCCAAGAAUCAGGGUUGGAAAACCACAGAAGGGAAAAAAAAAAAGAGUGCCAGCAAGUUCAAGAUGUUUUAUUAACAGGAAAGCCAGAAAGAAGACUUUGAAACAUAUUUUAAAUGAGACUUUAUUACUGUAUUUGUAUAGGUCACUUCUAUUCAUGGAGCAUGUGAGUGACUUAUACUCCUUAGGAUGGUAGAAAAAUCUUUGACUUGAAAGAUAAUUCCAAAUAAGUUAAAAUGUUGUGUUACAUUGAGAGCAUGUAACAAAGCUCUUGUUUUCACCACAAAGAGAUGCUCCGUUUCUAUUAAUAGAAAAUCUGUUUUCUGUACCCACAAACAAAUGCUGUGUGGAAUUUAGCAUAUGGUUCCAAGGGUGCAAAAUUCUGAGUCUCCUGACUCAUGUGUCUCCGUCCAGACCUGAAGGGACGGCUCUCCCAGGGGUCUGCCUGCUGGGUGUGUGUGUGUGUGUGUGUGUGUGUGUGUGUGUGUGUGGCAGGACUGGCCCGCCAGGAGCUGUGGCCUCUCAGGGUGCCUGGACUGGCUGCCAAGGAAGGACUCCCCGAAAGAGGCUUGGGGCUGCCGAGGAGCAGCGGGCUAGGGGCCAGGGAGAGAGGCAGGCUGUUGGAAAAGGAUGGAGUGGGGGAGCAUGCCAAGGGCAGAGGCACAGCCCUGGGGCAGAAGCUCCUGGGGACCACGUCCUGGUCACUCUGGAUCCUGAGCCCCUGGGCAGGGCCUUCAGAGAUGCAGUGGGAGGGACCUGGCUGUUGUGGGGGCCGGAGAUGAGGGGGGUGCUCUUGUGGGUAGUGAUUUCUGGAAGUGAGCACCGAGACAGGGUGUGGUGUGUGAGGUGUUGAUAGGGACCGCCGCCAUCUGUGACGAGGAGGCAGCAGGGCUGGAGAGAGCAAGACGACGCACCGCUGGCCCUGACGUGACCCCACCUUUGCUCCAUCUCUGCGGGCUGGCCCCCCAGUGGGUUUGGCAGCAGGCAAAGUGGUGCUGCCACUGAAGCUGCCCCCGAAGGCCUGCCUGGGUCCUGGGCGGUCUCCCCAGCCUGUUCUCAGAGGGUGGGUGAGCACGUCCAGACACAAACAAGUAUGUGGGCGUGGGCGCUCCUGGUGAGUGGAGGUGGUGGUACAGGGUCUAGGAGGGGAGGAGGAGUGGGCCUUGGCCUCUCUCUGCCCUCAAGCAAAGCCAGCUCUUCCAUAUCGGGCACCCUUCGGCUGGACCCAGGUAUCAGAACCCCAUGCCCAAGACCCUGUCCCCGUGCUGCGUGGUCACAGCCUCCCGGGGUCAAUGGAAAGACAGGCAACAGACUGGAAUCCUGCGGCUGAAAUCAAAGUAGUGAGCAAAGCCUGGCCGCACCCCGCAGUCUGUCCAGGCCUGAGGGCUCCUCAUCUGCUCACUUGCUCAUCCACACACCCACCCACCCUGACCCCACUCCAUCUACCCCAUGUUUUCUCUCCUCACUUAUUCACACAUUAAUUCACUUAUUCCAUCACUUGUUCUCUUAUCCAUGCAUUCACUCUUCCAUUCAGUAAGCAAUGGCUGAACACUGGCUGUGUACCAGGCCCUGCCAAGGAACGUGUGAGUCAGCCAGACAGGGUCUUGGCACUCAAACUCCCGAUUUAGUGACCUGGACAAGGCUGCCAAUAACAGGGGAGGGAGAGCUGGGAGACCUGGGAGGAGUUGGCCCUUGAGCUGGGCUUGAAGAGAACAUUUCAAUAAGCAGAGUUUGGGGGAGGGCGUUCCAGCCAGAGGGAACGGCAUGAGCAGAGGUUCAGAGGACGUGGGUGGGCAGGAAGUAAGCAGGGCAGCCUGGCCGGGCCUUUGGAGAUGAGGCCGGACAAGAGCAGCUCCUUAGCGAAGCUCCCCUUACCACAUCUGGUCACUGUGUUUCUGGGCAACAGAUGAUGAAGGCAACGAAGAGCAGCCUGGCUUGUUGGGCCGGCAGGUAGCCCUGCCCAGCGCACCCAGCAACCUUGCGUCCGCUGUCCCCGCGGAGGAGCUCUGGCCACUGCAGCAGAGCCAGGGAGAAGGUCCCUGGAGGUGCUGGGCGGGCCAGCCCUGGGUGGAGGUGGGCUCCAGGGGGUGGGAAAAGCCAUCCCAGGAAAGAAGUUAUGGUCAGCACCCUGGAGCAGGCUGAGCAAAGGGAGGGGCUGAGGAGGAGCAGCUAGAAAAGGGACAGGAAGGUGGGGAGCAUGUGUGGCAGAGAAGCAGGGGGUAGAAGUGCCAGGUUUGGCAAAAAAGAACACAGGACAUCCAGUUAAUUUUAAUUUCAGAUAGGCAACAACUAAUUUUUAGUACAAAUAUGUCCUGUGCAAUAUUAGGGACAUGCUUAUAUUUAAACGUUAUUUGUUGUCUAUCCGAGAUUCAGAUUUAACUGGGUGUCCUGUGUUUUACCUUGCAACCCUUCGAGGGGAGAAUGGUUCUCAGAGAGGGUGGCUCCGCUGGUGGAAAGAAUCAGGGGGUUCGAUGAAGGAGCGCACGGAGAAGAGACCUUGGAUUCUGCAGCAGAGGGGUUGACAGUGACCUUGGUGGACAGAGUUGAGGGAGUGAAGGGAGCAGCUCUGCGGAGGCGUGGGCGCAUGUCAGGUGCGUGUGCAGGGGCAGUGGAGUCAGGGGGGGCUCAGGAAGGGAGGUGGUAGCUGAAGAUGGUGUGAGGGGAAGAAGAGGAUGUGUGGUGGCCAGAGGGCAAUGCCCUGAGGGACAGUUUGUAACUGCUGCUUUUAAGAAGGGGAGGAAGUUGAGCACGUGCGAGGCUGGGAAGGGGGAUUGGACAGGGACUCACUGGCAGCACGCCCACAGCGAAGGGACCCUGGAGGAUGUCCCUGGAUGGGGUGGGCUGGGAAGCAGACAAACGCUGGGUGUGCACCAGUUGUGGGGAGAAGGGGAGAAGGGAGAUACGUGCGUGAAGCGGGAAUGUCUGCUCAGAGACAGGUAUGCCAGGGCUGGAACGGUGACCCAGGGAAGGAUGAGCAGUUCCCCCAGUCCUGCUUUUCUUAAGUGUGAGGAGUGUGUGGGUGCGAUAUGUGUGUGGGGCAUGUGUUGUGUGAAUGUGUAUGUUGUCUGGUGUGGGAGUGUGUGGUGUGUGUAUGUGUUCUGUGGUAUGUAUGUGUGUGUUGGCCCAAGGCUCUCCUGCCAUUCUUCCCAGGGCAGCCCAUUGUGUAAGGAGCUGGCAGGGCUGGGGGCUCUGGAACAGGUGGCCAGAAGCCCCUUGAGCCCCCAGGCCAGGAGGCAGCAGUGCAGGGACAGAGAUGGGCUGGUGCAGGGUGCCAGCAAAGCCGAGUGUUUGUCUGGAGGCAGCAAGAGAAAGGCUGCUUAGGGUCACCCUGGAAAUCUGGGGCUGAGCUGCACCUGAGCCCAGGCCUCCCAGUUCCCAAAUCCAGGGUUUCCCUCUGUUUAUUCUGCCACUAUUAGUAGUUCCUACUCACUGGGCUGCUAUGCUCCAGGAAGUGUGUUUUCUAUAUAACAAUUCAGCAGGGCCUUCGGCCACACCAUUGUGGAUAGCCAGGAUCCUCACCUGAAUCUAAACUACUUGAUGAUGUAACUGGCCUGCUGCUAGGCUACUGCUUCCACACCCUAGGCAAUGAGCUAUUAUUGACUGAGUCACUAUAUAAAGAGUCCUGCCCUGUGCUCUGGGAGGAGGUAGAAACGGAGGAUUACGCAUCUGCAGAUGUGAUUCUAGUGCUUGAGCUGUCACCGGGAGAACAAGCCAGGUAAUAAACCCUUUCAUCCCAGGAACGUUCUAUUGUCAUUCCUCCGUCUCACUGAAUCCAUAGUGAACUUGCCCAGGGCUGAAACCCAUUGGCAAGAUAACCAUCCUCUCCACUCUACAGUGAGGGAUCGGAGCUGGCCAUGUGAGGGGCUCUGGACCAGUGCCUCAGUGCCAUUGCAGCAGGAACCUGUCUGUUCUCCAUACCUGGGGCCUGCCUCAAGCCAUCUCUCAGCCAUCCCUUCCCAUCUCCUCAGGGUGGAGGGGAGGCAGAGUACCCAGGGGUCUAACUUGCCCUGGCUUUCUCUGGAUGAAAGCCUUGCUCAGGAGGGCCCUGACCUGGAUCUCUAACUUGGAAGAAGGGGUCUUUGCCAUGUGCAGUUCUGGUGGGCAGCCCACAAAGCUUCACCCCAGAUAAGCAUCUGUCGGCCCUCACCAGCCCAGCAAGGCCUCCCUAAGGCUUCACUCCUGCAGAGGGACGGACUGCCUCUCCAGGCCCAGUCUGGCUUCCCUUCACCUCCAUGGCCUUCCCUCCCAACUCCACCCCAGGACAAAGGGCUGGGAGAACCCCGCUGUGUUCCAGCCAGCUCCAUCCAACCCUGCCCCCACCACUAACUGGCUGGGCCUCGGGUUCCCUGAUUGUACAGAGGAGAGGACAACCCUUUCCCACCUUGUCUAGAGGAUUUGUGAGAGUGGGAAGAUCCUCGAAAUCCAGCUGUGAGGAUCGCUCAGCCCUGCCCUGCUCUUUCUCCACAUUCCUGGUUCUGCAGGAUAGUACUUCUCUCUGGGACCAGCUGGAUUCUGGAGUCAGGAGGCCCUGAAAUAACAUGUUUUCCGGAAAAGUACCUUCCUUAAAGGAAACCACUUGUUCCCAGGAGUAGAAAAGGGUCAUUGUGCCUCGCCAGGGCCCCAGUCCCCUCAGGACAUGACACUUGAGAAGACAGACACAGCUAGACACACAUACCCGGGUGUGCUCAUCCAGUGUAUUUGUAAUAGUGAAAACUUAGAAGCAGCCCAAGCGCCAGUUGGGAGGGGGCUUGUCUGGCAAAUCCUAGCACAGCAGAAACAUUGAACAUAGGCUUAAAAAAUGAGGCAGAUUUAAACUCAUUAAGAGGACAGGGCAUUUAUCAUAUAUCAUUAAAUAAGAAGUAAAGUAAAUUGGAGAACUCUAAAUGUGCCAGGUGGUAAAACGUAUUUUGUUAAAAUACACUAGAUACAUAGCCCAGGAUGUGGAGAGCUGCCUGCCCGGGGGCUAGCUGGGGACUCUCUCAGGCUGGGUGGGGCUGCUGUGUGCUUCAGAUGUUUGUCUGUAUUUUCUAUAAUUAAUGGUUUGCUUUUGAAUAAGAAAAAGCAGAAAACUAAUAAAGGAAAAGGAACAAAAGUUACUUUUCUUAAAUUAUAAAAUAAACCAACUCCAAUCUGAGAUAGACACAGAAAAAUACAGUCAAACACAGAGGCAGAAAUGCUAACAGACAAGUUCAGGCCGUGUGCUAACUGGUGUGCAAAACACAUCUCCAGCAAUCCCUGUCUUAUCCUAUGGAAACACACAAGUGUGCAAACAUAUAUGUCCAAGGGUGUUCUUACAGUAUUAUUUUUAAUAGCAAAACAUGAUAAAGAUCCAAGUAUCCAACAGAAGGAAAAUACAUAAAUUAUGGUGCAUAUCCCCAAAUGCAGUAACAGCCAUUACAAAAAUGUACUGACUUGGAAACUGCCCCCUGUAAGUAGAGAAAUAACAGCAAAUUACAGAAUGGUCUCAUAAAAAAAGGCGAGGAAGAGCAAAUAAACACCCCUUCUCCUUAAGAAAAUAAAAAGAACAGAAACACUCCUAAAUUGCACAUAUUUAUGUGCAUUUGUAUGAACAUAGAGAAAAGCCUAGAAAGAUGUGAUUACCACUGUGGAUAGGCUUGCAGGGAGGAAGAAAUUCACUUUUUACUUUAUAUACUAUGCAUUGUUUGAGAUUACUUUAACAAGCAUGUGUUGAUUUUUAUUAUAUGUAAUAAUACAUUUUUUACAAGAUGGUACAAAGGUUAAGAACAAACUUUACUAUUACUGUUCAGAAAAUAGUUGUUAUUUGCAAAAAGAGCCCUCUGGGCUGAUGAAUGCUAGAGCUUCUCUUAGCAGGAACAUUCCAGACACAGAUGAACAAAAUUGAUUCCUAUUUCUGUGUGAGCUCCACCAGGGAAUGAGGCAGCAGGAAUCCCCCAAGUGGAGAAGUGGCUGUGUGACAUGUCCUGGCCUUUUCCAGGACUUGGCCUUUGGAGAAACAGCAUUUCUGAGAAAUGCUGGGAAAGAACUCCUGCAUGGGAACACUAAUCCAGAAGAUUUGAAUUCAAACAACCCAUUUGAAUUAAACUUGAAUGAUCAUGAUUCUACUGAAUACAUUUUCAGUGGUCCCAGUUUUGCCUCCUGGUCAUUGUCUUUGAUCUUAUUUUAUGGGAUUUUAGGUGUGGAGUUCUACACAAUUCAGUGUUCAGUUUAGUGAUUUACCAGAGAGGCUGACCUUCAGGGUUGGGUUAGCGAUUGUCCUUCUGUCUGAUCUUGUACACAUUGGCACAAGCUAGUUGUCAACAUAGCUAGUUGUCUUCCAACCUCAGUUUCCCCCUUCUUCCUUAUUACAGCUACAACACAGCUGCCCUUGGAGCUAGUAAUGGCCAGGAGAAGUAGUAUGCAGCUUCCGGGAAAUGCCCUUAGAUAGGGAGGAAGCACUGUUCUUUGCCUUGCCUCCUUCCUUCAGGCCAGGACAUAACGGCUGGAGCUACAGAAGUCACACUGGACCAUCAAGUGGCAUUGGGAGAGGAAACUAUGCAUGGUGGAACCAGCUAGAAGGAGCCUGGGUUCCUGCCAUUGUGGGGACGCCCUCCCAGGCCCACUCUGCCUACUUCCAGGCUUUGACAGCACUGUUGAUAAUAAGGGUUUCUAUCACUCACAGCUAAAGCCAAUUAAACAGCACACUAACCCGUUCUUUUCCUAUUGAAAUCACAGACCACUCGCAAGAAACUCAGAAAGGUCAGUAACAGUGUGACCGAUGGGAGACUGCAGCCACACUCGGCGCCUCGGGAGGUGUCUGGUAGGAGGCCUCACCCCACAGCACGGCUGAUACUCCUUAUUUUGUGAGAGACUGGCUCCCUGGGUGCUCGCAGCCUGUCUGCCAAGAAGGUCGGUGAAUAAAUAAACUUCUCUACUCAUCUGAGUUGAUUAGCCUGGGGAAAUAAAUUUUCAGACUUCUUUCAGAUCACUCGCAGGGUCUUUUCACAAACGUCUAUGAGCCUAACUUUGUAGCAACCAGGCCCUGGAAGCCACAGGAUGUACUUCAUUACUCCGCUGCUGAGGGAGUAAAUCCUGGCUGAAGGAAUUGGGGGGUUCAGCCGGGGAAGACAUGAUGGGAGGUGGAGCUGACAGCUACUUUCACACAUCAAAAUAGAAGAGGGGUCAGGCUUCAUGGAGGCCCCAGGCCAACACCAGGACCCACUGGUGGAGGUGGCCAGUUCUACCCUUAGUUGAAGAGAAACCCCCCAUCCCAUGCGGCUGGCCGAGGCAGCUGAGGGGCACAGCUCUCCACGGCGCAGGGGUUGCGGAAAGGCGUCAACGGCUGAGCAGCAACCCCUAAAUGCCAGUCUACACACUGUUACCUGUCUGUAAAGUUUUCCAGGUCUCCUUUUCCUACUGGGGAAAGAAGAGACAAUGUGGUACAUUUUCAAAAAGCUAAAUAUUUGCAAGUUGAAAUACAUUUCCUUUAUUCUGAGGUUAUAGUCUUUCUAUCUGGGGAGGUGUUCUAAAAUGUUUUGUUGUUGUUAGGUAGUAGGUGGUAUUUGUUACUGUUUAGCAUCCGAGCUUGACAAAAUAAAAUCUCAGCAACUCCACAUAAGUCUCUAUUUAAAAAAAAACCUUAUGUGUCUGUGAAAUCUAGAAAUCUGGUAAUCACGGGCAAGAUGGACCAUCUGACACGCAGGUUGUCUUUGUCUUAUUUUUUUCUUUAUUGACUAUAUUCCCUAUGCUGUACUUUUCCUCUUUUUUCAAUCGAAGUAUAGUUGAUAUGCAAUAUUAGUUUCAGGACAUUGUGAUUUAACAAUUAUAUACAUUACAAAAUGCUCACCAUAAUAGUUACCAUCUAUUACCAUAUGGUUAUUACAACAUUAUUGACUUUAUUACCUAUGCUGUACUUUUCAUCCCCAUGGUUUAUUUAUUUUAUAAUUGGAAGUCUAUACCUCUUAAUCUCCUUUGCCUGUUUCCCUCAUCCCCCACACCUCUCCAUUCUGGCAACCACCAGCUUGCUCUGUUAUUUAUGAGCCUGCUUCUUCUUUUAUUUAUGCAUU